GGCGGCGGGCGGGGGCGGGCCAUGGCGCUGCUGCUGUGCCUGGGCCUGAGCGCGGCGCUGGCCCGCGGCUGCCUGCACUGCCACGGCAACUUCUCGGAGAAGUUCUCCUUCUACCGCCACCACGUGAACCUCAAGUCCUGGUGGGUGGGCGACAUCCCCGUGUCGGGCUCGCUGCUCACCGACUGGAGCCAGGACACGAUGAAGGAGCUGCACCUGGCCAUCCCCGCGGAGAUCACCCGGGAGAAGCUGAACCAAGUGGCGAACGCCGUGUACCAGAGGAUGGAUCAGCUGUACCAGGGGAAGAUGUAUUUCCCGGGGUAUUUCCCCAACGAGCUGCGAGCUAUCUUCCGGGAGCAGGUGCGCCUCAUCCAGAAUGCCAUCAUCGAAAGCCGCAUCGACUGUCAGCGUCACUGUGGCAUCUUCCAGUACGACACCAUCUCCUGCACCAACUGCACGGACUCGCACGUCGUCUGCUUUGGCUACAACUGCGAGUCAUCGGUGCAGUGGGAGACAGCAGUGCAGGGCCUCCUCCAGUACAUAAAUGACUGGCACAAACAGGACACCAGCACGAGAACCACUCCUGCCUUCUUGACAUCACCAAGCCUCACGUGUCUGGAGCCCCCCCACCUGGCCUACCUGACUCUGGAAAACGCCUCCGAGUGCCUGAUGCAGCACUAAGGGUGGCCGGGCAGCCAGAUCGCCCCGCCUCGGGGCCAGGGCUCCCCGGGUGGAGCUGCCUGGGCGCCCCACCCGCCCUGGAGCCUGGGCCGGGCCGGGGCAGGAGGGGAAGGGAGGUAGAUGGGUUUGUGUAUAGCACAGGGUGGGUGCCCGGCGGGAUCGCAGCUGUUCGAUGGCAUGAUUAAAUAUCCCUGAUAUUUCUCACCCCAGGGCAGUCCUUGUUGGGGCACCAGGCUGGGGCCCCAGGGGAGGCGCGUCCUGGGCUGCGGGGCAGGGCUGCCGGGCUUCCCGGGCGAGCACGGCAACCAGCCUUCGGGGGCGGGUCGCUCUUUUCAUGACCGGAAGGGGGGCUGUUUGGUGAAAACCAGGCUGCGCUUCCGGGCACCCUGGCGCUGCUGUCACGCGGGCUGCACCUCACCUGAGGCACGGGAACUGCUGUCCCCACCGCUCAGCUGCCUGGUUUUGAGGAGACACCCCGCGUGGGUAGUGAGCAGACAGGCCCCGACUGGCUUGAUCCAGGGCUCAACCUCCGUCCAGCAGAUGGGAGUGGCCUCCGUGCCCGCAGGCUGGAGUUGAUCUGGGCUCUCCGUCCGCUGACACGGCCCUCCGUCCACGCGGCGUCAGCAAAGCCGUCGGAAACAUGGAGAAUUAAAACAGCAGAGGGCUCUCCUUCCAGCAGCUGCUCUUGCUGACCCCUGACCCCUGGGGCCUGUACACAAGUGUCUGGACGCCCCAUCCUGCCCUGCUCUUGCUUUGGAGAUCAGAAAUGAGUGUGGGGACGUCCCUGGUGGUCCAGUGGUUACGGCUCCAGGCUCCCAAGGCAGGGGGCCCAGCCUCAACGCCUGUCAGGGGAACGAGAUCCCAACACCACAGAUCCCAAUACCACAACAGACGUAAAAAGACCCCGCACACGGCAACGACGUUCCCACGUGCCGCAACGAACACCUGGUGCAGCCAAAAAAAAAAAAAAGAAAUCGGGAGGGGGGGCACGCUUCAACUUUCCUUGUUUCAGUCAUGUUUCUGCUCUCCCCGCACACCCCUCACACAUGGGGCUCCCUGGUAAAGGGAGGGAGAUGGGUGGACCCCUCAGAGUCCCGUGGUGGCGGUGGGGGGGGUCAGGUGGCUCCUUGCUGUCACCACUGGAGCCCAGGGGCCUGGAUGUGUGAGGACCACGUCCCCUCCCAAGGGGACGAGAGGCGCAUGGCAGGAGGACAAGGGCUCCCCUGCCCACUGCAGCCUCCACGAGGGUGCCGUGGAGCCCCACCUGCCCCCGCGCACUUCAGGGACUGCCCGGCGACCUGGCUGUGAGCGGACCCCCCAGGCUGGGUCAGGGUGCCCCGGCUGGGGGCGCACUGCGCCGCGGGCAGGAGACCCCACAGGUAAACAUCUGUUUUGCAAGUUU